UUCGGUAAAUUGAGUGACAAUAUGAGAAAUUUACCGGAUAAUUUCGUGAAAGUCCGGGUCAACAUAAAACUCCUAGGUCUAACAUAAUACUUAAUACUACCUCCCUCUCAUUGAAACUUAAAAGCCAAAUUCAGUAUAAAAAAAAUAAAUAUUCACAUACAAUAUUAAAAAAUAUAUAUAUAAAUAAUAACUUUCAUAUAUCAGUAAAAUAAAAGUAUAUUUUAAAAUAUUAAUUAAAAUUCACAUAAUUUGUAUAUUAGAUAUCACUAUUUGAAAAAACAUGAGUUCAGUUGGGUCCAAUAUAUCCACUCAUUGUUUACAGCUCAGGGUUGUGUGUACUAUUACAGUUCCCUCUCUUUCACUAUACUGUACUACUCUUAACCACUUGCUUUUCUUCUUCAUGUAAUGUAACUUCACUCCAUUGCCGCCUACUUUCUCUUCGGUUCACUCCUCUUUAGUUCAUUCAUGGCGUUUUAUUCAUUUCUUUUCUUUUUCCUUUCUUUAUUGGUGAACACUCUUUCAGUUUCAUCUACUGUAAAUGACCCAAGAACUUUUAUUGUUCACGUUCAACGUGAUGCUAAACCUUCCGUAUUUCCGACUCAUCAACACUGGUAUGAGUCGGCUCUUAGUUCGCUUUCUGCUGAUACCUAUGAAUUAGAAGGUGGUGGGGGUGGUGUUAAUCGUAUUAUUCAUACUUAUAGUAAUGUUUUUCAUGGGUUUUCUGUUAAAUUAUCGACGUUGGAUGCGAAGAAGCUUGAGGAAUUUAAUGGGGUUUUGGGUGUUAUACCUGAACAAGUUCGGCAUGUUCAAACAACGAGAUCCCCUGAAUUUCUUGGAUUGAUUAGUAGUGACAGUGCUGGGUUGCUGAAGGAAUCUGAUUAUGGGUCUGACCUUGUUAUUGGAGUAAUUGAUACUGGGAUCUGGCCUGAGAGGAAAAGCUUCGAUGAUCGUGAUCUUAGUCCGGUUCCGGCUAAGUGGAAAGGGGAAUGUGUAGCUGGUAGGGAUUUUCCGGCGACAUCAUGCAAUCGGAAAUUGAUUGGAGCGAGGUAUUUUUCAAGUGGGUAUGAGGCUACGAAUGGGAAAAUGAAUGAAAGUACGGAGUUUCGAUCUCCGAGAGAUUCAGAUGGUCAUGGAACUCAUACAGCUUCAAUUGCCGCUGGGAGGUAUGUAUUUCCGGCGUCUACUCUUGGUUAUGCUCGCGGUGUUGCUGCUGGGAUGGCUCCAAAGGCUCGACUAGCUGCUUACAAAGUUUGUUGGGCUUCAGGCUGCUAUGAUGCUGAUAUCCUUGCUGCAUUUGACGCCGCAGUUGCUGAUGGUGUACAUGUCAUCUCCCUUAGUGUUGGUGGAGUUGUUGUUCCAUACAACCUCGAUGCAAUUGCCAUUGCCGCAUUUGCUGCGAACGAUGCCGGAAUCUUUGUAUCUGCAUCCGCCGGAAAUGGCGGGCCUGGAGGACUCACUGUAACCAACGUUGCGCCCUGGGUCACCAAUGUCGGUGCUGGGACAAUUGACCGUGAUUUUCCGGCGGAUGUUAAACUUGGAAAUGGUAAGAUAAUUCCCGGAGUGAGCAUUUAUGGUGGCCCUGCUUUAGCUCCCCGCCGACUCUACCCCUUAAUUUACGCCGGAAGUGAAGGUAGUGAUGGGUAUUCUUCUUCACUGUGCUUAGAAGGCUCAUUGAAUCCAAAAUAUGUACAAGGAAAAAUAGUAUUGUGUGACAGAGGCGUCAAUUCGCGAGCUGCAAAAGGCGAAGUGGUGAAGAAAGCUGGAGGAAUUGGUAUGAUAAUAGCCAAUGGAGUUUUCGACGGUGAAGGGCUAGUAGCUGACUGCCACGUGUUACCGGCAACGGCGAUUGGAGCUUCUGCCGGUGAUGAGAUAAGGAAGUACAUAUCAGCAGCUUCAAAGUCCAAGUCACCACCAACGGCGACCAUUUUGUUCAGAGGAACUCGUCUGAAUGUGCGGCCAGCACCAGUAGUUGCAUCAUUUUCAGCUCGUGGCCCGAACCCGGAGACACCCGAAAUUCUGAAGCCCGACAUAAUUGCACCUGGUUUGAACAUACUUGCAGCUUGGCCCGACGGUGUAGGGCCAAGCGGGCUUCCAUCGGAUGAACGUAAAACGGAGUUCAACAUUUUAUCAGGAACCUCCAUGGCUUGCCCACAUGUAUCCGGACUAGGAGCAUUGUUGAAAGCAGCCCAUCCGGGAUGGAGCCCAGCAGCUAUAAGAUCAGCAUUGAUGACAACUGCAUACACAGUGGACAAUCGGGGACAGAUUAUGAUGGAUGAAUCAACUGGAAAUUCGUCGACGGCGAUGGAUUUUGGGGCAGGGCAUGUGCACCCUCAAAAGGCAAUGGACCCUGGAUUGAUUUAUGACCUAACUUCCUACGACUAUGUCGAUUUCCUCUGCAAUUCCAAUUACACAACUAAGAAUAUUCGAGUAGUUACAAGGAAGUAUUCAGAUUGUAGCAGGGCGAAAAGGGCAGGCCAUGUGGGGAAUUUGAAUUACCCUUCGCUUUCAGCUGUGUUCCAACAAUAUGGAAAGCACAAGUUGUCCACACAUUUCAUUAGGACGGUCACAAACGUUGGAGAUCCCAAUUCAGUGUACAAUGUGAUCGUUAAACCACCUAGGGGUAUGGUGGUGACUGUGGAGCCAGAGAAGCUCGCGUUUAGAAGAGUGGGACAGAAGCUAAAUUUUCUGGUGAGAGUGCACGCAGAGGCAAUAAAGCUAUCACCGGGGAGUUCCGUGGUGAAAAGUGGCUCAAUAGUUUGGUCAGACGGGAAGCAUGAAGUAAGGAGUCCAAUAGUUGUAACAAUGCAGGAGCCUCUUUAAUGCAAAAACGCAUGGGAGUCAACAAAUAUAUAUAUGUAUAAGAGGAGGAGAGUAAUCUCUACUCUCCCAUGUUAAGUUCUUGCUCAUAAGUAACUACAAUGUUUAAUAUGUAUGUUGACAAGGAAGUUUGAAAAGGUGAAACAAGACUUGGGAGUUGGUUGUUUGCCUUCAGCCAAGAAGUUGGCUGAGUUUGUCUAGAGUUUUGAUGAAGCAUAUCAUAUAUUAUGUUUGGUUUCUAUGUAGCAAUAUAUUGGUAACACUGAGAAAUGCUUUGUACCAAUGUUGGAUGUUGUAUUAUGUUGAGGGUGAGAGUUGAAUUUGAACAUAUAACCUAAGAAGUUCCCAUAUAACAUUGGGGACUCUUUUAUUCUUGCUUCA